GCAGGCUCACGCAAGCACAGGAGUUUGGCGUCGGCGAAUCAUUGAGGGCUUUGACUUUCCAUCUUUUUCCCGGUUCUCGGUUUCCCGGCGAUUAACGCAGCACAGAAGCGCAAGGCGAGACGGUCAUUGCGCAGGCCACUUGCAAGAUUCGCAAUGUCUACAGUCACUUCUCGUUGUGGCCUCUACCACGGUCAAUUGCAGCGAGGAUCCUUUUAUCCCUUCUCUCUUUUUCCCUUUUCUUCAUGGUGUACUCAUCAUGGUCAGGAAUCCGCCUCUUUCCAUCAGUGUCGACUUCCCAAUUGAUGACGUUGGUAAGUCAGCAGGCAGGGUGGAGCAGGAUCGACAGAGCUGGCUUGGGCACGCCAGGCCAUCCAUGUCUUGGGGGAGCCGACCAUCGACUAUCACGGUAUGGUGGAUUGUGGGGAAAGGCUACCCAGAAUUGCACGUUUUCCCAAAGCUUCUCUUAUUCGCCCUGUCGACCAAAACUGGAAGACGGUCCAAGGCUGUACUGUUCUCCAUGCUCGUCAAGCUUCUCCAUCCGCCCACAAUGGAGGAGAAUGGAGAUUGCAGAGGAUGCUCCAACCGGGGAAGAAAGGAUGCAAUAUUGGCGUGCUCUUAGCCUGGGACUGGGAGAGGACAUGGCCCCGCUUCUAGACUGCCGGCAAAGCUUAUCGCUGCUAUCGGAUGGUUCGGAUCCUUCCCCUAUCGAUAAGAUAGGCACGACACCAAAACCGACAUUGAUGCAACUCACGAAAGCUGCGCCUCACCUCCAGCUGCUCCCGGAGGAGAAACGAUGGGAAAGGAAAAGCAGUUUUGAAGCUUGGGGGGGCGCACUGCAGCCUCGCGGUGCAACGGGGCAAGCGGCGUGGACACAUCCGAGGAGCCCAGUGGAGCCUUUGAGCCUGAGCAACAAACGGCUGGCCUGUGCCAAUCACGAUGGCUGGAGAUAGCCACUAAUGCGGGGCCGGUCGACCAUCUAUCGACUCUCCUCUCCCUGGGCCAGCUCUGUAUCACCACGCCUUUCCCCUUCUUCGCCCUCGACCUUGCAAGCUUCUUCUCUUCCCGCUGCUCCCCCCAACAUGUGAGGCUGUACUCACUCUACCCUUCUCAUCUCGUCUCCUCCCUUCUCCCCUCUGCCUCUCCAAUUGUACACACCAUGCUGCUCAGCUCCAUGUUCCUUGCAACCCUCAUUGCCCUGUAGAUAUCGCACCUUCCUGCCGCCUCGUAUCGCCUCCCUUCCCGUCUCCGUACCUGUUAAACAGUCGCGUGCUCAUCAACAACAAACAUCAGUCUGAGCUGGAAGAUC